AUGUCCUCCACCGCAAUGGCCACAGCAACAGGCACCUCCAGCGCGGCCGGCGCAGCCAACACGUGCGCCACCCCAAACGUCUACGACAUCCCGACCAGCGACGUCGCGUGCGCCGUGCCCGCGGGCGGCAACCACACCGAGGUCAUGAGCGGGUGCUGCAGGGGCGCCGACGUCGUCAGCUACGGCGGCGGCUGCGGGCUGUACUGCCUGGCGCAGGGCCAGGCCGUCGACGACCUCACGGCGUGCCUGUUCGCCGGCGGCAUCCCCUGGCAGGAUGCGUUCUGCAGGGGCGAGGGCAACGCCACCGCGUCCGCGACGGGGAACAGCGCGCCCACGGCGAGCGGCGCGAGUGUUGUCGGGGGCGCGAGCAAGACGAGCGGCGGUGCGCCGAGCCCGAGCUCGUCGGCCGGGGAUGCGGAGUCGGGCGCUGCUGCUGCUGCGCCGGCUGGGGGGGUGGGUGCGCUCGGGGCUGCUGUGGGCGGGCUGCUGCUUUCGUCUCUUGUGCUUGGGGUGUUCCGGCUUUAG